AUGAUGGAUGAGAUCAUUCAGAAGGCAAUUCGGCACAACGAGGCAGUACGGAAGACCAACGUGCCAUGGAAAGCAGACGAACCGUACCACCAACCCUACUUCACGUUUGAUGGUAUCAAGCAGGAAUGGGUGCCCAGAGAUGUGGAAGCGCCAAGACAAGAAUAUAGUGAGCAAGGCCGCGCCGGUAUCACCAGACUUGCUCUCUUGUCGUGGAAUAUCGACUUCAUGCUGCCAUACCCAGAAGAUCGUAUGUGCCUAGGCCUCUCUACCCUGCAGGAACUGAUCAGCAAACUCCCUAAAAGUACCGCCUUUGUGAUCUACCUACAGGAGUGCGUGAUUUCAGAUCUCUCAACCAUCGAAAAGCAACUCUGGGUCCGCGAACGCUUCAACAUCACGGACCUCGAGGGCAACAACUGGACGUCUGGACACUACGGUACAACGACGUUGAUAGAUCGCCGCCUUCCUAUCACAUCUCUGUUUCGUGUACAUUAUGAGAAGACGCGCAUGGAGCGGGAUGCCUUCUUCGUUGAUGUGAGCAUGGGGCCAACACAACCCGAAACCGUCCGCCUGUGCAACACGCAUCUCGAGUCGUUGGCCUUUGAGCCGCCAUUCCGGCCACCACAGGUGCAACUGUUUGCCAAGUAUAUGCAUGAGAGCCAGCUUCACGGUGCUGUGGCAGCAGGCGACUUUAAUGCCAUCCAGGACUUCGACAGGUCCUUGCAUGAGGAGAAUGGACUCAAGGAUGCGUACCUGGAAUUGGGCGGCAAGGAAGACAGCGAUGAAGGAUAUACUUGGGGCCAGCAGGCGGCAACACAAUUGAGAGACAAGUUUGGCUGCUCGAGAAUGGAUAAAGUAUACUACUGUGGACGCCUAAAUCUGCUGGGGUUUGAGAGGUUCGGCGCAGACGUGCAGCUUCAACACAAGGGCCAAAGGGAGCGCAUUCUCAGCUUGGGGUUCGAGAAGCCGUGGAUUACGGACCAUCUAGGAGUGAUGGCAGAGUUUGAGGUCGUAGAACAGUGA